CAAUCCUUGACCUAGAGGUUUCCUUGUCCCACUUUUGGACGGCGGCGAAAAACCCUAGAUCUAGAACUCCAAUUUCAUUUGAGUGGUGGGAGGGCAAGGUGGGUGGAGAUCCUCGCUCGUUCGCAGCGGCCGCAACAUCUCCUCCCACGGCGACCGAUGCGGGGCGCAACUACCGUGGACAUCGACGUGGAGGAGGCGGAGCUGGCCACAUGGGUCACGGAGCGGGGCCGCAGGCCGGCCGCGACAACGGCCGUGGAGGCGACCGGAACAAGUACUCGUGGAAGCGUGAAGACGGCGACGACCACACCAACUCUACCUCAUCCAACAUCGCGUCGGCUUCGAGGGACGCCUCGCGCUGGGACGAGGCAGCGGCGCCCAAAUGCCGCGAGAUCCAGGACGGUAGAGUCUGGGUUUAGAAGACUCAGGUGUCGUCGGACUCGGGUGGCAACGCCACCGGGCAACAGUCUACAUCCCCACUGCGUCGUCCACAGGGGAAGCAAAACCCUGCUCAGGUGCUUCCUACCAACAAACCCUAUGCCUGUCCUAUUUUAUGUCGCAUGAGCAUUCUCCUGCUCGUUGCCCUCAAGCAUAUUGCGAGAGGUGCAAUAAACCAAGUCAUCUUGCCUCUGUUUGUGUCGAAUUUUUGCCUUAGGAGUUCAUGCCACCGAUGUGUGCAUUUCAAUCUAAGGGGCAUGGUUUUUACUACAUCGUGAUUCAUGUACUGCCAGUCAAUUUAAGGAGAGGGCUAACAUAUAACAUUGUAGUUACAAUUGUGGAGGAGGAAACAUCUACCCGCCAAAUGGGGUUAGAUCUGAGCGCUUAUUUGGCCACUCGCUGGCGCUGCUCUGCUCAUGCAAUAGGGCCAGGAGUCUUUGCGGUGCAGUUUCCUAAUCCUCAUGCAGUGUCACAUAUCUGUUAUGUGGGGAGGGCAGCUCUUAAAACUAGUGGUGUUGUAAUCCAUGCUACUCAAUGGUCGUCUGCGGUCGGGACAAAAGGGGUGAUGAAAGUAGCAUGGGUUAAAGUGAGCAAUGUCCCUCUGGGCAAAAUAAGUGACAGAAAUCUGAGGCAUGUUGCUUCGUUGGUUGGUGUUCCUUUGGAAAUAGAUGCUGCUACCUUAUAUCGCCUGACCUCUGCUCGGGUCCGGCUAGGAUGUAGAAAUGUGGAUGAGAUUCCUGUGAUCGCUCAGGCUGUUCUUGGAGAUCAUUUGUAUGAUUUCUUUUAUGAGGUGGACCAAAUCUUGGUGAGGGAUCCUGACAGAGAAAAAAGUGUUGUUCAGACAUCCUCUAACCCUGAUAAGAAUACAACUGAAAAAAAUGCAUCUCUGUCGACUCCUGGAGCUAAACUGGGUACUAUUGGGCUUGAAGGGAAAUCUCCCUACAUUCCCCACGGAGGGAAACAAGACCCCAUUCGAGAGUCACAGGAGAGUGUGGAGUCUGAUGACUCACUCCACACUUCGCUGCUCAUAGAUACCAUGGCGCAGGAGAUGGAGCAUGAAAAAGUUGUGGAGGCGAAUGAUCAUUAUGAUCCUAAUCUGACUAUUACUAACGAGUACAAGGUCGAAUCGCUUGACAUUGAGAUGAACAUUGAGGUGAUCCCUACUCCUCCUCUGGUUACUGAAGAAAACCUACGCUUCAGCCUGCGAAAUGUGCAGAGCAAGAUGGAGAGGGUGGACGAAAAGGCCAUGGCAGUGGCGAAUAAAUGAGACAAUGAAGGUACUCCCAAAAAUCCCAACUCAUUUGAUACCCUAUCCAAUCAUGAUCUUAUUCUUAGAGCUGUUAAAAUGGGAGUUAAUAUUCCAGAUGCUGACUUUGCCAGUGUUGAUAUUCUUAGAGAACUUGGAAAAUGUAGAAAUAUAGAAAUCUUAACUGACAAGUGUGCUCAACUUGAUCUGGGGGGUAAACAUAUGAUGUUAACUAAUGCUAAAGGGCACCAGACACCUUUAAAUAUGAAUUCGGAAGAAGAAAAUGAUGUAGAUGAUGAUAACUUUACUGUG